UUGAGUAGAGCUUCAGUAAUAUAUGUAACCGAAGAGGACAGCACAGAUCGUGUUGUUAAAGCCUCAGAGGUCCAUAACAUCAAUCACUUAGCGUUAGGAUGGAGUUCAUACAGAUUAACUAGCAAUCAAUUCUGUCUAAAGACAAUGGCUGACAUGCGACGAAUCUUCAUCAUUACAAAUACAAGCCCUGUGGAAAAAACAGAGCUGAUUGCUUUCAUUAAAAAGCUUGGAGCCGAGUACUGUCAAAAUGAUAAAUUCACAAAAGAUGUCACUCAUGUGAUCUGUGGUAAACCAAGUAGAAGUGAGAAAUUCCUAUCAGCAUGUAUUACAGGAAAAUGGAUACUGAUGAAAGAAUAUAUAUUAGACUGUUUACGUUGGAAUAAAUGGUUGAAUGAGGAGCGCUAUGAAUGGUCGCACAAGAUGGCGCCUCGUUUGGAUGAGACAUCCCGAUACCUACUGAAUGCCCCAAGGUUUCUACGUAAACUGGUACAAGGAUAUAAUGUGAGGUUAUUUCAAGGCUGGAAUGUGGCAGUAUUUGUUGAGAACAUUCAGAGAAAACGAGUAUAUGAAAGGUUACUAGAAUUAGGGGGUGCAAAGAAGAAAAAAUUCUCUCUACCUGUUCAGUACCCAAAGAUCAUAGCAGCCAGUGUGUCACAUGUCUUUGUUGAGGAAUCCCAGGUUCAUAACAUCACUAAGCUUCAACAGGAAGGGGUGUUAUGUCUCAGUCCAGAAUAUAUAGGCGAUUAUAUACUCAAGGACCCACAUCCUGGUGUUCAAAGAUACUUGGCUGGGGGGCUGCAAACAGGUCCUCAAAAUGGGAUAAUCCCCACUCAAAACACACCAAUCUCCUCUCAACAUUCGCUAAUAUCCACUCAACCCUCACAAAAUUCCUCUUCAAACUCACUAAUUUCCCCAAAGAGUUCUUCGAACAUGCUGCCAACGCAACCCUGCUCUAGCAAAACGAGUUCUUCAAAUCUGAUGUCGACGCAACCCUGCUCAAGUAGAGGCAACAGUGUGGCAUCAUUAUCUGAUAUAAGCAAUCAACAAAAGUCACAAAAUGAACUACCCGAUCAACCAAAUUUGUCGAGCCAAAAGCCAAGUCAAGGCAAUAAACAAGUGGCACCUCAAGAAAAAAGAGGUGUUAAAAGGCAGUUGAUGCAAACAGACCCCUUAGAAACCACACGAUUUGCUGAAAUGAUAAAGAAGCAAAAGUUAUCAGCGACUCAAUGGAAGGCCUCUGGUGUAGUUGGCUAUCCACAUCUUAACCAGUCAUCACUGACCACACAGCCCCUGACUGAGCAACAAGCGUACCUAAUGGAUUGUUGUGUCGAGUCCGAAUUCUUGCAUCAUGCUGUAGAUACGUUUGCCACCCUUGUAUCUAGGGCACAAUACCCUAACGCUGCAAUGAUACAUAAUAUGCUCAGUAAAGUCAUGAAGCAGUCAAGUUCGGUGACUGUAGUCAACAAGGCAUAUGCAGCUCUUCAAACUUGUCUGUUCCUCCACCCGCCUGCAACUCCAGUCAUGCAACAGCUCCAUCUAUCCUCCAUUCAACCACCCCAAGACACGGGGCUUGAUGCUUGGGGAUUUAUCAAAGAUACAAUCAGUUCAGCCCUAGUUAGUGAAGAUGAUGUUAUUAUAAAAGAAGAGAAUGACAACUGCAUUGCCCAACAAAAAGGUCCUAUGAAAGGGGAACAAAAGUCCAACAAUAAUGAGCAAAUAUUGAGAUACAUAAUCGGCAUGUUGGAGGUGGACUUUCAACACUAUAUACAGAGUGACACGCCACGUAAGACACACAGACGCAGCAUCAUAGCUCAGGUCUUCUGGCCUGGUGACACACCACAUGGAAGUUUCAGGUCAAACAUCAAGCAAUUGAUUAUUGAGUUGAUCAGUGCAAUCUCAAUAGUUCAGCAUAACCCAGCUAAGAGAUCACUGGUACAACUUCUUCAGCGUCUUGUUGCUAUGGUAGCCCAAUGUUGCCACCUAGUGGACAAACCAGCCAAUCAGAAUUCUUCAUUUAAUUCAUUGGGGAUUAUGACGAAGGUGUUCAUACAACAGCUUGCGAACAGGCUUCUCGAUGAAUUUUCUGAGAACAUUGGCAGCUUAGAACUGUUUCUACAAACCCUAGAGCCUGCUUGGCUGAGCUUACAUAUGUGCGAUAUGUUCCUGAAUAUGUUUGAGAGAUAUGAUGAAAGCCUACUGCCUCCUUGUAUUGAACAAACUGAUCAAGUAUCUCUGAAGAAAAUAGUGUCUCAGUACUUCUAUUUGCUACCACACCUAAAAGGGAUAGGAGAGACAUCUAUAAAACGAGAAAGAAGCACACCAUUGAGCACACCAUCCAAGAAAAUCAUGACCCCGGACCUUACCAACAGUAAAAGCUUAGAUAGGAAGACUAGGGGAGCUGGUAUAAAGAAGAAACUGAUCCCUAACUCCCCAGCUGGGAGCUCUAACAGUGGCAGUCCUUAUAAACGAACCAUCAAUAUCAACAAGAAAAAUGCUAAAGGUGAGACGCCCCUGCAUGUAGCCUGUAUCAAGAACCAGGUUUCACGGGUCGUGGAGCUGCUACAGAUUCAGGGGAUAGAUGUGAAUGCCAGGGACAAUGCUGGUUGGACACCUCUCCAUGAGGCUUGUAACCAUGGCAACACAGAAUGCGUUGCUGAGUUGCUGAAGUACAAACCACAGAAAACUAUUACCAGUUAUUUUAACAAAGGAUCUGUACAGAAAUUGGAUCUACAAGCAGUAGAUAAUGAAUUUGGUAUAACCCCACUUCACGAUGCUGUUGAGAACAACCACAUAGGAGUGGUAACAUUGCUAAUGCAGCAUGCAGGUCCAGUUCUGCUGAAUCUAAAAUCGAAGACUGGGCAAACACCAUUGGAUUUGGCUGAGACAGAGGACAUGCAGCUCGUCCUGACAACCACCCAAACAACAAACAAAGCAGUAAUCGUCACACCGAUCAAACGCAAAUAUAUCCUAAAUAGCCAGUCUUCCUCCCAGAGUCAAGAUAUGUUUGAUUCUUCCCAGAUGUCACUCUCACAGAUGUCACAAGUAGACACUACUGACACCUAUCUGCCGUCAGAAGAACUAUACUCAGACAUUCUUGGCACUGAGCCAAACUGUAAGUACUCUCCUGUUGUGGAGGUACAGAAAUAUGUGCUCUUCAUCAGUCAUAUUUUGAAGAGCUACAUCAAGCUUCACAAUUUGAGAUUUCUGAAACAGUUUACUAAAAACAAUAAUAAUGCAUUGUCUGAUGAUGUCAUCAUUGAAAUGGUGAAAUGUUUAGAAGGAGGACACACAGUGGACAUUGAGGAAGUGAAACAAGAUCUAGAAAUUAUGCAAGAUCUGAGGAAACAUGUAAAAGCAUUUGAAAAACACAUUAACAGAAUAUGUCAGCAAGGGACCAUUACUAAGCAUAGAACUCGGAUUGUGGCGAUGAAAUUACUGUCUGGUUAGAUAAUAGGUGUUCAAACGCUUGUAUAUGAUUGCUUGUUGGAAGCAGUUUUAGUUAAGUUCAGUUAAAAUGCUUACUGUUCUACACUCCAUGGGCUUUCGAAGCUUUCUUUUGCAAUUGGCAGCCCAUGUAAAAUCCUAGAAGGUCAAGGUCACACUGAGUUUGUAAUUGCAAUAUAGAAUUCAUAUAUUCUUCAUUAUGGUAUUGAGGUCAUAGAAAGUUAAGGUCACAUUUUAAAGGUCAAAGAAUUGUAUUCUACAUUUUUGUGAUAGUAAUGAUCCCCGGAUGUUGGCGUCAAGGUCAUAUUUAUAGAUCAAGGUGAAAUAAGGGCCAGUAUAUGGGUUUGCUA